GGGCAAUAUAGCAAUAAUUUUUGAAUGAUAAAAAAAGUUUCGUUUUUAUUCUGGAGAAAUCUUUUCAGUUCAGAACAAUUCUUGACAAACAACCAAAAUCAUAUGCAAGAAUUCAUUUGGAUUUUGUGCACACAAACAAACAUCAUCAACAAAUUUAUCUUUUUCCUGUGUGUGUUUGUUUCUUUCACUGACUGAUUAAAUCAAUGAUUCAUCCAUCAACGAUUUGAUCACAUCAUCUUCGAAUGAAUAACCUUAAUUUUUUUUUUGCCAAAUUCAGGUAAAAAUUCUGUUUUCUGAGAGCGAGCGAGCGAGCCAGAUCAAUAAAUAAAAACCCAAAAACAAAACUAAAAAACAAAAAUGCUCAAUAUUCAGUGACCGAUUCAUUCAUUCGUGUAACAUACGGUGUUUGGAUAAUGAAUUUUUUUUUCUCCCUGAAAUUUAAAGAAAUCUGUGUCGAUGACUUUGUGAAAAAAGUUUGAUGACCUUUUUUCUUUAGUUUGAUUGGUCUGAUUUGACAAAUUAUUUUAGAUUUUCUUCUUGAAUCAAAAGCCCAAUCAAACAAAACAACAAAAAAAAUGAUGAAACAACAAUCAUCAUCAACAUCAACAUCAAAAAGAUUAUCAUCAAGAUCAUCAUCAAAAUUAUUGAAUGAUAAAUGUUUAGAUAUAUCAUCAUCAUCAUCAUCAUAUAUUCAUCAUAAUAAAAAAAGUAAAGAAUAUCGUGCUUAUUAUGAAGCAGCAGCUAUUGCAGCAGCAGCAGCUGCAUCUGAAUUUUUUAAACAACCAACAUUGGAUUCUUCAGGAUCUUAUGGAUCAUCAUCACAGGAUCAUUCAACAACAUCAUCAGGUUAUCAAAUGAUUUCAAAUCCAUUUCAUGAUCAUUUAGCAUCAACAUUUGGUUUAAAUUUUCGAUCAAAUAAUGGUAAUACCAUUACUAAUAAUAAUAAUCAUCAUCAAAAUGAUAAUUAUGGACCACCAUCAAACACAACAGCAAAUUAUUUAUCAUCUUCAACACAAAGAUUUAAUAAUUUAUCUCAAUCAUCAUCAUCAUCAUCAACAUCAUCAUUGAUUUUUCCAUAUACACAAUCAACAUCCGGUUAUUAUUCGAAUGGUUCGAUGAUUGAUCAUCAUCAACAACAGCAACAACAACAAUUAUCUAAUUGUAAUAGUAUUUGGAACCGCAAUACAACUCCAAUAUCAACAUCAUCAUCAACAGCAACUACUGGGACCGCAUCAUCAUCAUCAUCAUUGAAUCAAGGGUCUAAUGUUUCAGGAACAACAGCUACUGUUCCAAAUAAAGUUAAAGCUACUGCUGCUGUUGUUGAUGAAACUGCUGCUACUUCUGCUGCUGUCAAACAAAGUCACAAGUCACAUAAUAUGGUUCCACCCAUCACCUCGGGUAAUGGUAAUGAUGAUGAUGACGAUGAUGAAUGUAUCUAUCGCGGUGAUGAUGAUGAUGAUGAUGGUAGUCGUCGUCGUCGUUGUCGUCGCCGUCCAACAGUUGAUCAUUCGGCUUCAUUGUUCACGGAUCAACUUUUACUUAAUCAACAACCGAAUAAUCGAUCAUUACAAUUUCGAACACCAACAUCUAAAACAUCAAAAUCAUUAACAACAACAACAACAAAAACAACAACCAAAACAACAAAAAUGACAGUCGUUCAUCAUAUUUUAUCACCAUCGAUUAUAUCAAACGAAUCACAUCCACAUCAUCAUCAUGGACACCUUCAUCAUGGACAUGAUUUCAUACAUUCAGAUGUUGAUAAUUCAAUUAGUCCAAAUUCGACAACAAUUUCAUCAUCAUCAUCAUAUUUAUCAUCUAGUCAAUCAUCAAUUAAUGAUUGUUCAUCACCAUUGAUACUUUCGAAUGAUGAUAAUCAUUCAUCACCACCAACAUCAUCCACAUAUAAUGGAUAUAUUGGUUAUCAUCAUCCUUCAACAUUAACAAAAACAUCAUCACAACCAUCAAACAAUUCAACAAAAUCUGGUCAUCCAACAAAAUCAAAAUCUAAACCACGUAGACGUGUUGCAACAGUUGCACAACGUCGUGCAGCAAAUAUUCGUGAACGACGACGAAUGUUUAAUCUAAAUUCUGCAUUCGAUAAAUUAAGGAAAAAAGUACCAACAUUUGCAUAUGAAAAACGUCUUUCAAGAAUUGAAACAUUACGUUUAGCUAUAAUGUAUAUAAGUUUUAUGUCAGAUUUAUUGGAUACAACAAGCAUAGCAAGUGAUAUGACAAUCGAAAAUCAACAACAACAACAACAACAACAAACAUCACCAUCAAUGAUGACAAAAACAUUGAAAACAAAAUUGGAAAAAAAUUUAAAAUUAUCGAUCGAUGAUAAUGAUAAUGAUGAUCAAGAUGAUAAUAAUAAUAAUAAUAAUAAUGAACAGCAGCAGCAACAACAACAACAACAACAGCAAUCAAACGAAACCGAAAUCGAUCUGAUCAAAUCGAAACAAUUUUCAUUGACAAAUGAAAAUCAAAUACCAUCAAUUUCGAUUGUGGCUAAUAAUUCAUCGAUUGAAAGAUUUAAUCAUCAUAAUCAACAUCAAUUACAACGAUCAUCAACACCAACAUCUUCGUAUAUGAUAAAUGAAAAUAUUUAUUAUCCUGGUCAUCAUCAUCAUCAUCCUCAUCCGCAUCAAUUUCUAGCUGAACGUUAUCCAUCAUCUACACCAUCAUCAUCAUCAAUAUGGACAGCCCAAAACAAUGAUCAUAAUCAUCAUCAUUAUGGUCAUCAUCAUCAUUUUGGAUCAAAUAAUACAGGUAUUGAUUUAGCAUCAACUACAUCAUCAUUUGGUCAUCAUAAUUAUCAUCAUCAUCAUCAUCAUCAUACAUCAACAGCACGAUAUUGAAAUAAUCUUCUUCUUUUUUUUUGAAAAAAAACAAACAUUUAAUUCAAAACAAACAACAAAAAACACUAGUC